AAGAUGGCUGCCACAGCGGCGCUGUCAUUUUGCUACAGAGCAAAGCGAAGCUCUUAAUUCGACCCCGUUCAGGCCAGAGUCUUUCUCUGGGGUGCCCUAGUGCUCAAUUAGUCCCCCGGCCAAUCCUUGGGAACUCCUGGUCUACCUCUUCGCUGUCCGCACACUCACCCAGGAGUUAUGUCCUGGGCUUCCCGCCCGCCCUUCCUCCCCCAGCCGCAUGCCGCAGGGCAGUGUGGGCCAGUGGGGGUGCGAAAAGAAAUGCAUUGUGGGGUCGCGUCCCGGUGGCGGCGGAGACGGCCCUGGCUGGAUCCCGCGGCGGCGGCGGCCGGACAACAACAAACCCCGGAGCCGGAACCGGGGGAGGCUGGACGGGACGGGAUGGGCGACAGCGGGCGGGACUCCAGAAGCCCAGACAGUUCCUCUCCAAAUCCAAUUCCCCAGGUGGCCCCUCCCCCCUCCCCUCCAGGAGCACCCCUCCCCCCUUCAGCAGCCUCAUCCCUUGGAGGCUCUGGUGUCACACCCCCACCCUCCAUGCCACCACCCCCCUUGGGCUCUCCUUUCCCAGUCAUCAGCUCUUCCAUGGGGUCCCCUGGUCUGCCCCCUCCAGCUCCCCCUGGAUUCUCCCGGCCUGUCAGCAGUCCCCAGAUUAACUCAACAGUGUCGCUCCCCGGGGGUGGGUCUGGCCCCCCUGAAGAUGUGAAGCCACCAGUCUUAGGGGUCCGGGGCUUGCACUGUCCACCCCCUCCAGCUGGUUCUGGGGCCGGAAAACGGCUAUGUGCAAUCUGCGGGGACCGAAGCUCAGGCAAACACUAUGGUGUUUACAGCUGUGAGGGCUGCAAAGGCUUCUUCAAGCGCACCAUCCGUAAGGACCUGACCUACUCAUGCCGGGACAAUAAGGACUGCACAGUGGACAAGCGUCAGCGGAACCGCUGUCAGUACUGCCGCUACCAGAAGUGUUUGGCCACUGGCAUGAAGAGGGAAGCGGUACAGGAGGAGCGUCAGCGGGGAAAAGACAAGGACGGAGAUGGGGAGGGGGCUGGGGGAGCCCCUGAGGAGAUGCCUGUGGACAGGAUCCUAGAGGCUGAGCUUGCUGUGGAACAGAAGAGUGACCAGGGCAUUGAGGGUCCUGGGGGAACCGGGGGUAGCGGCAGCAGCCCAAAUGACCCUGUGACUAACAUCUGUCAGGCAGCUGACAAACAGCUAUUCACACUUGUUGAGUGGGCGAAGAGGAUCCCCCACUUUUCUUCCCUGCCUCUGGAUGACCAGGUCAUAUUGCUACGGGCAGGCUGGAACGAACUCCUCAUUGCCUCCUUCUCCCACCGAUCCAUUGAUGUCCGAGAUGGCAUCCUCCUUGCCACAGGUCUUCAUGUGCACCGAAAUUCAGCCCAUUCCGCAGGCGUGGGAGCCAUCUUUGAUCGGUCCCUCUCCAGGGUGCUGACAGAGCUAGUGUCCAAAAUGCGUGACAUGAGGAUGGACAAGACAGAACUUGGCUGCCUGAGGGCAAUCAUUUUAUUCAAUCCAGAUGCCAAGGGCCUCUCUAAUCCUAGUGAAGUGGAGAUUCUGCGGGAGAAAGUAUAUGCAUCACUGGAGACGUAUUGCAAACAGAAGUACCCCGAGCAGCAGGGACGGUUUGCCAAGCUGCUGCUACGUCUUCCUGCCCUCAGAUCCAUUGGCCUUAAGUGUUUAGAGCAUCUGUUUUUCUUCAAGCUCAUUGGCGACACUCCCAUUGACACCUUCCUCAUGGAAAUGCUUGAGGCUCCACACCAGCUGGCCUGAACCUUGACAUGGUGCACUCAUGCUUGAGGAGUACAUACCCAAGAGGGACUUCAAAUCUUGGGGCAGAGUGGGGAGUGAACAUGUUCCUAGAAUCUUGGUGGGAUGGAGAGUACAGGGCAGAACCAAGAUCUCUAAGGGACUCCAUAAACCCUCCAAGGGGUUUACAGGUCAGAAGGGAUCCUAGACCCUUGUGAAGGCUGGACCUCUCCAGUGGCCUUGAGUCUCGGGAUUAGAGUCUCCCAUGAGUUCAGGUGAUCGCUUGCCUCCUGCUGAGAAGAUCUCUCCUUCCCCCAACACAAAGCACUGGCCUUGCUCCCAGGAAUUUUCUUCCUUCUCAACUUGUCUCACAUAGCACCUCACUUGAAGAGUGAAAAUCCCCCAGCAAUGGAUAUAGGGGGGCAGGCCCCCCAAACUGAUGAACAUGGAAGUAGAGCUCUGACAGGCCUUCUUCUAAACAAGCUUGGCAAAUGUUGGAAGAAGCUAUGUUGGAAGAGGGAGAGGCCCUGUCAUUCUCUCAUGUCCAGAGUCCCCUCACAAUUUCACCUCCUUCUGCAGUCAGAUUGAGAAAUAUUAGGUGAUGGUGGUAGAGGGGCAGGCGGAGAUGUAGAAACUGAUCUAUUUUUAACUUCCUCUAAGUAUAGAGAUUUGUAGUUAGACUCAAAGAAGUACUGUAUGUUCCCAGGUUGACUAAAACUCGCCAGUGGUGGAGGUGGUGUUGGGCAGGGCAAAGUCCUGUGGUGAUCUGUCCCUGGGGCUCUUGAAGCACUGGCCUUCCCUACACCCCUCUUCCAUCUAUUACAGUCUAACUGGGGAAGGGGCUUAGGCUGAGGGGGCAGGCCAGGGUAGGGGAUAACUGGUGUGUAGUUCCCAAGCCCUUCCCACCACAACCCUCCUUGAACACUGGAUACACACAGUGUAGUCUGGAGGCACAGGAUCCUGACCUGAGAAUUGAGGGGAGAUAGCCAUCCUGCCGAGAUGGGGUGCUAGGGCUGCAUGAUUUUUUUUUUUUUUUUUUUUUGCCCUGCAGCUCUCUCCUUUCCCCUCACAUUUACUCACAUAAAAUCGCUUUCAAAUUAAAAUAAUCGCUGUUUUCUGCA